CAAAUACGGAUACAUACAGAGAACAAGGAGACCAACAAUGCGGGUAACAGUGAUAUUACUGACUGGAAUCCUUGUGGACUCAGUUCAGUCAGGAACAUCGUCCUCCGUGGCAGUGCUGAACGUCUAUGGGGACUCGGGUACCUUCCUGAGCCCAGGCUACCCCAAGCAAUACAGCAACAACUUGAAUUUGACCUACACGGCCCACCUGGACAGUUCCGGUCCGCUGAUGGUCCGUCUGUCCAUGGAGUUGGACCUGCAGGGCAAGACUGGCUUCUGCUACGACUACGUGAGAGUCUUCUCUCUUCUGUACUGCGGCGCUGGCUCCCUGGUCACUGAAGUCCAGGUGUCAGGGGAUGUUCUUCAAAUGCUCUUCAUUUCUGACUCUUUAUAUACCUACCGGGGAUUUAACAUCACCUACACAGUGCUGCCAGCAACAACGACAGCAGCAGAUGAAAGCACGAGUGUGGCGACAGAUGAACUCGUGACCUUCAGCACAGACAGCACCACAGCCUCCUGGGACAGUUCAAGUAUGGCCACCGACCUCAACAUCGCCCCUACCACAGACACCUCCACACUCUCGGGCUUUCCGAACGCUUCCUCCCUCACAGCCUCCACUAGUGGAAGCAAAUUGCUUUCUCCCGCAUCCAUGGAAACUAGCCACUCAGAGGAAAGUUCGACUCUGACGUCAGAGGUAACGCGCAUCGAAAUCACAAGCGAUCGAAACCUCGGCACUCAAGAGGUCAUCUUAACACCUGUGACUGACCCUACAGGUGUACAGUCUAGUGAUGUCAGCGCUGCCAUGUCCUUGACAUCUCGGGUCACUUCAACGGCUCUAAUGACGUCGCAGGCCGUUAACGUCACUUCCGUCAUGUCGCCCUCGACAUCGCCUUUCAGCGGAGCAAAGGUUUCGAAGCCACCCGGGACAGAAUCUUUGACUUCAGCAGUCACUCCAUCUGACAGCGGUCUGUCAAAAAAUGUGACCUCUGGGUCAUCGCCAGCACCGACUCCAGUUCUCGUGGCCUGCAGAUGCAAGUCAUGUGACAGGCUGACCCCAGAGGUAGCUGUACAGCAAGCAGAGGCCCGAGCGUUGCUGUUGGCCAGAGCCUUGGCCGUCGACAGGAGGAACGUGUCCAGCCUCAAGCGCCGCAAGACGAGUGCACCUGACGGACGAGUGUCGGCGGUGACCUGUGGGGUCAUGAUCACUGCCAUCUGUGUGGUGCCAUUCUUGCUCCUUGUGGUAGCAGACAUCGCAGCCAUGUGCACUCAAGCCAAGGCCCAACGGAACAAAAGGGGCAUAACCGCUUGAACAGGUGGGAGGACGAGUUAGUUGUUCAUGGAGUGUGGGGCGAUGUCGACCUCUUUCCACUUGCAACAUGUUACUUUUUAAAAAUAAUAUUUUAUUUUCUUUUUGUUAAUUUAAAAAGGACAUUUUGAUCAUCCCCUUCUCUUUUCUUCAAUGUAUAUAAAUGUAAAUUAACUUAAUAUUUAAUGUAUUUGAGCUCUGUCCACAUUUUAUUACAAUUAUUUGCCACAAUAAACUAGUUUGUGCUGUACUUUAUAUGCUUAAAUAAGUUGUUUGUGAGUGUGUCUAUGCUGAUGCAAGGAUGGUGACCGGCCAUCAGACACUUGUCUGCCCUUAUCUAUGAGCGAGGUGUAAUCGCAAUGUUGCUCUUCUGUUGCUUCUAUUUCUUCCUCUACAUCUACCACUUCAUCUACUUUUUAUUCUACCUUUACUACUUCAUUUACAUCUAUUUCCCACUACUUCAUCUUCUACAUUUUCUUCCACUACUUCUGUCGCAUCAUUCACUUCUUCCUCGACUUUUACCAGUUCAUCAACUCCUUUUCCUACUUCUACCCCUUUUUUCUACUUCUUUA